CCUGGUUCCUCACGGUUUUCUUGCAGUGCAAUGCAACUCAAACUUCUUUUGUACGCGUGAAAACAAAAUCAGCAUUUGUAUUUCUGUUCUUACAGAAACAGAAAAGAAUUUUUUUGUGUUACUCAUUCAUCUGAUGUGACUGAUGGGAUGUUCUGUCCAGGUGAAUGUCACCUGUACGGAGGAACUGGGCAACAUACCUGUGCAUUUCUCAGCGAUGUUGAGUGAUUUCACACCUGUUCAUCAGAGGAGUAUGACUUCAUGGUCAAAAUUAAAACUCUGACAGAUCAGGAUUAUUUUGAGUUUGUCGACAUGCAGACGCGGUUUAGCUUGAUUUGUGUUCUUUUGUUUUUCAUUACAGGUAAUGUGUGUAAACUGACCAUCUCACCCACGGAACCCGUAUCCGUUGAAGCUCUUGUGGGCACCAAUGUGACCCUCAGCGUGUCUCACGCUGGUGUCGUUCAGCCUGAGGUGAUGUGGUUUAUGGGAGGUUUUCUGGUUGCCAAAUGGACCGUUGGUAACAGCUCGCCUUCAGGUGGUGCUUCAGACUUUUUUAAACAAGAACUAGAUGGAUCCCUCACCUUAAUGAACGUGUCGCUUCGUAAUAAUAAUACCUACACUGUGGAAAUGACAAAAAUUUUGGAGGAAAAGGUCAGCGCUACAUUUUACCUCUUUGUUUAUGAUAUCAUCAUGAAUGUAUCCCUGCACACUGAUCCACCAGACGCUGUUGAGGGUGAAGUGAGGUUUGCCUUGUAUUACAGCACAUUGCAAGGGGAGGCCAAAGAGAUGCAGUGGUUCUUUAAUGGGCUUCAGUUAAAAAAUGGACCUCAUUAUUCCAUCAGCGGGAAGAAACUCACUAUAAACCAGCCCAGCAGGAGCGACACGGGCCGCUACACUGUAUCACUAACCAACCCGUUCAGCUCUGAGACGCAAUACAGGGACAUCACAGUGCUGUAUGGACCCGAUACACCAGUUCUCAAGGUCAGUCCCACAAAAGCGGUCUUUGUUUUGGGAGAGUCUCUGUUCCUCUCCUGUCAGGCCGAGGGUGAACCGCCUCCCUCCGCCACAUGGUUUUUCAAUGGCAAGUCUAUUGCAGCGUCUUCAACGGGAACAGUCCAUCUCACCAAUGUUAAGACGAGUCAAAGCGGUGUUUACACUUGCGUGAUGAUCAACAGCAGAACUGGGGCGAAACUUCAGAGAAACGUCACUGUUACUGUCUAUGAGUCUCCCAGCGGUGAGCCACACUGUUCAAUACAGGCUGUGAAUGGAGACACAGCGCUGCAGUUCCUCUGUCUGUGGCCAGGCGGCGCUCCAGAAGCACGGUUGUCGUUUCCCAGCCUGAACGCCAAUGCAAGUGGAUAUGGCAAUUACAGCAUGACUGUAAAUGACAUUCAGAGGCUAAACGGACAAGAAAUCACCUGUAAAGCUGAGCAUCCUCUAAUUCAGACACAAUGCAGUGUCACUCCUCGUGGCCCUGGGCAUUUUCACUCAGAAAUUUUAACCAGAAUGAGUCAAGAUGAACAGACGCUGGUUGUGAUCCACUGCUCUGCUGAAGCCACACCUGAAGCCUUUGUGCACUGGAUCAAGAAUGGAAGCCUCUUGCAAAAUGGACCAAAAUACCAGAUCAGUACAAGCACAACUCAACUGUUUAUUUAUGAUUUUAAUGUCACUACAGAUCUCGACACCUACACCUGCACUGCCAUCAACCCUCUCGGCAACAAAACUGAGGACACUACACUGCUAGGCCCUCAGAUCUCAAAUUCAAGUGUUUUUGUGAGUAGCACUCGGACAGAAGUGACUUUAUCAUGGGGUAUUCCGCUCACCUCUGUUAUUACAGGCUUUGACAUCCAGAUGAAAGGUCCGGACCUCUCAAGCCCAUCUCAACCUAAACACAGCAUCAGAUCAGACUUCCUCACCAUCCAAAUGAUGCCGGCCUCCGCCAGAACCACAAGCGUCUCUGGAAUCAACCCAGAAUCCACGUACUACUUCAGGAUCAUCCCUAAAGCUGGCAGAAGCACAGGAGAACAGUCAGAGCAACAUCGGAUCGGACCAGCUCCAGGACUCAGUGGAGCUGCUAUCGCUGGUAUCGCUGCUGGGAUCCCCUGUGCUCUUUUUGUCAUCCUCAUUGUGCUGGCCUUCAUCUACUGUGCAAGACGUGACCGAAUCCCCAGGUAUCCUGUAUCAAGAGCAGCGGAGAAGGCUGUCACAUCUCAGUCUACUCUGAAUCCUCAUCGUCUGCUGAGAGCCAGACUCAAACCACCGCCUGAGUACAGACGUCAGCAGCCUGAGCGAUUGACUCCUUUGCCUUCUGUGAGAAUGGCCACCACCGUCUGACUCUGAGAGGACGUGAGCUCACUUAUAUGUAAUCUAUAACCUUAUCCAGGACGUUUAUUGACAUGUUGCAGCCCAGACUCGAACCAGUGUCAUCCACGUGAGCACCACAGCUACUGCUGCACCAUUUAUUCCGUCAUUCUAAGUGUACUUUAAAUUCACAUCAAUAAUAUGAAAGGACUUUCUGACAGUUUCUGUCAUUUAUUCUGAAAUAAGUAGUAAUUUUGUUAAGAAAUGCAUACUUUUAUUGAGCAAGGAUGCAUUAAAUUGAUCAAAAGUGACAUUAAAGACAUUUAUAAUGUUAUAAAAGAUUUCUAUUUCAAAUAAAUUCUGUAUUUUGAACUUUCGAUUCAUCCUGAAAAAAAUGUAGCAGUUUCCACAAAAAUCUAAAGCAUUGAAACUUUAAUAAUCAGAAAUGUUUCUUGAGACUGGAGUAAUCAAGCUGAAAAUUCAGCUUUGCAACAAAUAAAUAAAUUAUGUUUUAAAAUAUAUUUACAUAGAAAACGGCUAUUUGAAAUUGUAAUAAUAUUUCACAGUUUUACAGUUUUUACAGAUUUUUUUAAUCAAAUAAAUGACUUUUUAAAGUGACAUUUUCCUUAAAAAUAUUCAUAAUCUCUGGAGUUUCAGAAUCUCAACAAUGUCUUAAUCUGAUAAACAUUGUCAAAAUGACAAUGCUUCUGUCAUGUAUUCUGAAAUGAGUAAUCAUUUAGUUAAGAAAUUUUAUUAGCAAAGAUGCAUUAAAUUCUGUAAAACUGCAUUUAUAAUAUUACAAAAGAUAUCUAUUUCAAAUAAAUGCUGUUUUUUUUUUUACUUUCUAGUCAUCCUGAAGAAUAGGUAUUACAGAUUCCACAAAAAUAUGAAGUAUUAAAACAUUGAUAAUAAUUCUUGAGCAGCAAAUCAGCAUAUUAGAAUGAUUUCUGAAGGAUCAUGACACUGAAGACUGGAGUAAUGAUGCUGAAAAUUCAUAAUUUCAGCAAAGAAAUAAAUUAUGUUUUAAAAUAUAUUUAAAUGGAAAACAGUUAUUUGAAAUUGUAAUAAUAUUUCUCAAUUUUUCCAUUUUUACUGAAUUUUUUGAUCAAAUAAAUGCUUUUUCAAAUUGACGUUUUCCUUAAAAAAUAGCCGUAAACUCUGGAGUUUCAGAAUCCCAACAAUGUCUUAAACUGAGCACUGUGUCAAAAUGACAAUGUUUCUGUCAUUUAUUCUGAAAUAAGUAAUCAUUUAGUCAUCCUGAAAAAUAGGUAUUACAGAUUCCACAAAAAUAUGAAGAAUUAAAACAUUGAUAAUAAUUCUUGAGCAGCAAAUCAGCAUAUUAGAAUGAUUUCUGAAGGAUCAUGUGACACUGAAGACUGCAGUAAUGAUGCUGAAAAUUCAGCAAAAAAAAAUAAUUGUUUUAAAAUUGUAAAAAUAUUUAAUAAUUUUCCUGAUUUUACUGAAUUUUUGAUUAAAUAAAUGAAUUUUCAAAAUGACAUUUUCCUAAAAAAAUAUCUGUAAUCUCUGCGGUUUCUUAAACUGUGCUCAGAUUAAAAAUGUAAUAUGAAAUUAUCAAACGCAAAAAAAAAAAAUUAAAUGAUAUUCAUUUUAUAGCUCUGUAUUUUUAAUGCACGCUACGACUUUAUUUCUCCUAGGGGAUUUUUUUUGGAAAAACAUUUGAGGCAAAUUUUAAAUACUUAAAUUAAUUUGAAUAAUCUUCCCGGAAUAUAAAAAAGCUACAACUUAUACAUUUUUCUUUUUUUUCCCUGAACUUAAUUUUAAACUUUUCUUCCAUACAAACAACUU